CUGCUGCUCCCCCACACACACACACACACAAACAACACACAAAAGAUACAAUCAAUUACGAUCCCCCCGCUACGAUCGUGCUCAAGUGUGUAUCUGUAUUUGUAUCUGUGUGUAUGCGAGAAUUCAUAGCUAGAAUUUGUAUUCCUCCAUUCAUAUUUGGAAUAUCUCCGGCACUGUUUUCGGAAUUAUUACUUAUGGCUUAUGGCUUUGCGGCUGGACUUUGAGCGCGUGCCUGCUCAGCAUAAUUCAACGAUAGACGAAACAGAAAGAGCGUAUCUAUUGAAGUAGAUAAAUAUCUUUAUACGAACAAAAAAUAAAAAAACAAAAAUCAAGAACUGCAGCAACAACAGCCAAGCAGCAAUCGAAUCGACGAACACAUUUCUAUAUAUACAUAUAAAUACAAAAGCUCGAAACAAAUUGGAAGAAGUAUAUACUUUGCACAAAAAGACCAAGCAAUCUGACUCUGCAAACAUUGUAUUAAGGAGAGAAUUCAACUCUAACUCGAACAGAAGAAACGAUCGGAUCGGAGAGGAAUCAACUAUAUUGUGAUAUGUACAAAUUUACUCAAAUACUGAAAAAACACAGAGAAACUUAGAACCUAAAGGUUUAUUCCAAGGAAUCCCAGUUGUAAAUCAAUUAACCAGAGGAUAAUCUACAAUCUACCAAAGAUUAGGCUAAACAGAUCAGAAAUCUGAUCAGAUCAGAACCAGCACGGAAAUGGCCGAGAAAGUGGAACACUCACAGGCUAGCCUGAACAGUCAACAUAAUGAUGCUCGAAAGGUACGCAAGUCACCCGAUUUUCAGCCCAUGAUGCCCGGUGUUAUAUCCAGAGAACGCAGCUUUGUCCGCACCUCGAAUCAACAGAAUAUCAACAAAAGGCGCAGUCUGGCUUUUAAUGUUCCUGGAAAUGUUCAGCAGUCGGGACAGAUGCGGGGCAAGCCCGCCAUGGAUAUAUACCGACCGCCAAAUGUGCGCGGCGAUUUGGCUGCUCCGAUUGGUGGUGCAGGUGGUGCAAACAAACUGAAUGUGAAUGCCCAGGAGUUCACGAUGACGGGCAACUGCUCGCCAACCGAGGCACUCAGUAAUCGUUCGUCGCUGAUCUUCCCCAACAACGGCCCCGGCCAGAGCCCCUCAUUGGGCCAAUACGUGAAUGUGAACGUGAACCGACGACAGGCGGGUCUUUCCCUGGGCAACAUGCCCGGCGGAAUGAAGGCCAGCCACCAUCGCUCCAUUUUAGUGACGCAUCCAAUCAGUCCCCUGGCGGGUGGCCAAAUGCCUCUCAUGAGCUCCCCAUCCAGUGGCAAUAUACUCCAUACAACGAAUCGGGUUAAGUUUGCCCCGGAGCCCAGAGGUCAGCAGAAGUCUUCGGCAUCCCACAGCCAGUUCCAACAGAACUAUGGACAGCCGUAUGGACAGGGAAACCUCAAUGGCUCGAUCGAUCCCUAUAUGAACGGCAAUGCCCUGCAGCGCUCCAAGUCCCUGUCUUCGGCUGAUGCCCUGACCCGUGGCAUGGCCGGUCUGGGCCUGGGCCUGGGUAACGAGAUGUCCGACAUUGGAGGGUUCACGCCGGAGAUUCAGGCCCUGAUCGACACGGCUCUGGAGGAUCCCAAUCAGCUGAACUCGCGCUGCCUCAUGGAGCUGACGUCGCAGUUUAUCAAGCGGGCGGUGGAGAGCCGGCGCUUCGCCUUGCCCAUCUCCCGUCUAUGUCUUAAUAUCAUAGCCAGGGAGCAGAAGGAGACCUUCCUGGAGGCGUUGCUCAAUACGUGCCGUCAGUGGUACCAGGAGCGCGAGAAGCUACUGUUUGCCAUCCAGGGCAUGAAGUCACCUUCACGUGUCCGUUUCACUGCCUUCAUGGCCUUCCUCACGGAGAUGUUCUGCCAGUUGAAGCGGCGCCAAAUCCAGCUACGCACCCACCACGAAGGAACACCACCUCCAUUGGUCCUGCUCAGCCUGCUGUCGAAGUGCUGUGAGGAUUGUGUGCGUCCGCCGAUUCGCUCGCUAUCAGAGAUUGAGUGCCUGUUCUACGUCCUCACCUGCAUUGGCCAGGACGUGGAGCAGCAGCUGCCCCAGCAACUGGAGCUGCUCAUGAGCCUAGUGCGCGAUGCUUUCUUGAAUGCGGGCGACUCGGCCGCUGCCAUCCGUCGGACACUGCUGCAGCUCAUCGAGCUAAAGGCCUCCCACUGGCAGCUGCCCGGAAACACGGUCCUCUACUACACCCACAACAACAACUAGGCGAAACAACUAGUGUGGAUCAACAGGACUGGGAUCUGGGGGGUUGAUGGUCGGGCAAUCGCAAGACACUAUCAGCUUUUAUUACUGUUGUCGACUUGCAUUUAGGCCUGCAAACCUUCUGUUCUAUUUAUCUUACUCGUACUCCUUACCUAGGCAUAAGCAAUAUUUAUUUUGGAACCAGUAAUAGAGUGACACUAACCCCGAGGACUUCACUUCACACCAAGCCCCAGUGCCAAAUGACUUCGGUUUCCCCGGUCUCAGCGCUAAUCUAAGGCUCAAUUUUUAUGUGAAUCCAUAUAUUUACAUGUAAUAAAUCACCGCUAGUCAAAAGUGUA